UCCAUUGGAAGCGUCGAAGAAGACCACCAUCUGUCACUGUCAAAAUAAAAGAAAGAAAAUAAACAAACGAGUAAAUAACAAUACAAAACUUUACAUUAAACACGUUGGUUUCGAAUGAAUAUUCGCUGAAAACACAGCUAAUUUCCAUAUUGGAUUCAAUGGAACUAUCGAGUCCGGGUGAAGAAAAUUACGAUUGCAGCAAAGCCAUGGAGUCUGUAGCAAGUAAUCAGGCGGAUCAACAAAGUAUUCCAAUUGUAUUCGUCGAUAGCUCAAAUCUCAACACCAAAAAUCACGAAGAACGGUUCAGUGUAGUGAAUUUCAACAAUGAAAUAAAUCCACUGGAAUUGAAGGCUGUAGACACUAUAAAAACCGAGAAUGUUAUCAAAGAAGAGCCUUUGCAAGAUUUCGCAUCGCUAAAAUCUGUUGAGAUUUACGAAACAGCCACCGUCCAAUUAAGAUAUCAAUGUGACAUUUGUUUGAAAAUUUGUUCGAAUCGCAAGGCGUUGCAUGAGCACAAAUACACACACAACAAUGUGAAUCGGGGGAAUAUUACACAACAAUGUGAAUACGAGGGUGAUUCAUCCGAGAAGGAGUGUUUUCAGUAUGAUGUGUGCUCAAACGAGUAUUCAAUUUAUUCGAAACUACAAAGACACAAACGAACGCACGACGAAAAACUAUUAGUGUGCCAAUAUUGCCCGAAGAAAUUCAAUGAUCCGAAUCUGUUGAAAUAUCAUGAGGGAAAUCACACGGGCGAUAAACCGUAUAUGUGUGUUUACUGCUCUAAAAGCUUCGCGAAUCCAAGCGCAUUUUGUUGUCACAGAAAAAAAUGCAAAUUGAAGCAUGAAAGUGUUGACAGUACCGAACCCAGAACGACCCAUGUGAAUUACUCUGUUUAUAAAUGCCGGUUUUGUUCCAAAGAAUAUCCCGAUAAGGUAUCACUAGUUAUUCACGUACGAGUUCACACAGGCGAAAGACCAUACGAAUGUCCGUCAUGCUCAAAAACAUUCGCAAAUCCAAGCUCAUUUUGUAGACACAAAAGAAGAUGUCAAUCAAAUGGUGGGAGUGUUGAUGAUACCGCACCGAGAAAUAUUCAUGUCGAUGACGCGACUGAGGCAACUCAAAUUCAUGAAGUUACCCAAUUCACUGAGAAUGGAGGAAAAUUGCUAGAAAAGAACGGCCAGCCACUUCGAAUUAGCUCUAAAGAAGAUUCGAAUGAAAUCUUGCCAAAAGAGCCCAGUACUAUCCAUGGUUUGGCGAAUAAAUGUCGAUUCUGUCCAAAAACAUUUAUUUUGAAGCAGUUUCUAGUAGUUCAUGAACGGAUACACACUGGGGAAAAACCAUACCAAUGCCCAUUAUGUUCAGCAAAAUUCUCAUGUCCAAGCUCGUUUUGUAGGCAUAAGAAGAGAUGUCGGUUUAAUCAUUCGAGGGCUCAACGUACCAUCACAAGGAAGAUACGUGUUGACGAAGUUGAACGAAUCCCUGCAGCUGCUCGAAGCGCUAAGAGUGAAGAUGCAUUACCAGAAAAGAACGAUCGUCCGCUUGAUGUAUACAUUGAAGAAAAUUCGAAAGACAUUCCGUUGCCACCUAUCGAAAUGGUUGUGUAUAAUGUGUACAAGUGCCGAUUUUGUCCAAAAAAAUACGCAACGAAACAACAAGUAGUAAUUCAUGAACGUAUCCACACCGGGGAAAAACCAUACCAAUGCCCAAUAUGUUCAACGAAAUUCUCAAAUCCAAGCUCAUUUUGCAGACACAAAAAGAGGUGUAAAUUAUUGACACAGAUUGUCGAUCAAAUGUUCCCACCUGAUUCGAUGUCAUCGAAUGGUGAUUGUGGAUCCGAAGACAGACCCUUGUUCAAUUCUGGCGAGAAUAAUUCUAAGAAUAAGCACAAUCAUUCCAUCGAAGCAAUUAAGACAGAGAACUCACAAUUAGAUGAAAUCAACUCAACUGAAGCUGACUUUGAAUCACAGCUACAGCCGUUUGAAUUGAAAGACGAACCGAUCAAUAUAUGUGACGAGGAUGCAACAAUGAAUGAAUCAUUGGAGAUUGAAAAUGAACAAGACAUACCGACUCAUAUUGAAUGUGAAGCUUCUUUGGAAAAUGUUCCAAACUCACGCAUUUUGCAACAACCCGACUCUAAGUUAUUCCCCUGCCAAUACUGUUCUAAUGUUCUCAAACGAAAGGGAAUUUUGGAAACCCAUGAACGAAGCCAUACCGGCGAGCGACCGUUCAAGUGUUUGUUGUGUUCAGAAACAUUCGGCAAUUCCGGUUCAUUUUUUAGACACAAAAAGAGGUGUCAAUUAUUGACACGAAUUUUGGACCAAACGUGUCCAUCUGGCGCGAAGUCGUCAAAUGCUGAAAGUGAUCGUGGGUUAGAAGACACCGGGCUUUUGUUCUAUUCCGGCGAGUGUAGUUCUAAGAAUAAGAAUAGUCAUUCCGUCGAAGCAAACAAGACGGAGAAUUCGCAACUAGAUAAAAUCCAUUCAACUGAAGGCAACUUUGAAUCCGAACUACAACUGAAUGUUGUCAAGAUUGAACCGAUCGAAAUAUAUGCCAAGGAAACAUCAAUGAAUGUUGGUGAAUCAAUGGAGAAACCGAGUCUUCCUUUCAAAAGUAUUCCGGGAGAUUCUUCUGGAAAAAAUGACAUAGUGACGAAUGACAUCAGAGAAGUCAACCAAGGCACAUCUAAUUCGAUACAUGACGAUGAAUACGAUUUUGAAACAUUCUUGGAGAAUUUUUGCUGUUUUGAUGAUGACAACGAUUUUCAUCAAGUGAAUGGUCAUCCGUUAAUUGUGCCAAAUGGUACAAACGGAAAUAUUGAAGCCCAUAUCGUUGGUGUGAAAUGCCGUGCAAUUGAAGUAAAAGAUCCAAAUAAGAUGUUCAAAUGCGAUUUUUGCCAUGCAGAAUUUGCAGAAAAACCAAAGCUGAAUAGACAUGUGCAGAGUGACCACCCCUAUUCAAAGCCAUUCUUGUGCAAAUUCUGUCCAAAAACUUAUAAAACUCGACAAAAUUUGAAAAUACACGAGAUAAUACAUACGGGCGAAAGAACCUUUGAAUGUUGUAUUUGUCGCGAUACAUUCAGCCAGAAUAGUGCACUGUGGCGACAUCGAAAGACGUGUCAGCGAAGGAGACAGAGGCACAUCUGAGUGAGAUGUGGGUGGAAGAGACUGAGUUGGAAUUGAAACAGAGACCUUAUUUUUAAAGAUUAUCGAAUAACGUAAAAUGUACCAUAAACUUUCAAUAGUUAUAGUUUUACCUUUAAGCUCAAUGUUGCCAGAAUUGAAAGACUUCAAUAAAAAAAUGUAUUUUGUAUUUGA